GAUUGCUAGCAUUAAUUUUUAGCGUUAUACACAAGAGCAUGAAAACCGCAACGAAAACACCACUGACCACAGUGCCUUGACGCACAUGUGCGCUUAAAACAGUGCUCCCGAAGCACAGCUAUAAAUUUCAACUAUUCGGGUUUUUUUUCUUAAAAAAAUUAUGGCAGUCCAAACGUUAAUGAGCCAACUUGCUACGUAACGUUAGCUCCGGGCAUUAACAGGUCGGCAGGAAGGCAAGCGAAAUCCUGCGUGCUGUGUCCACUGCUCUGCCCUUUUCACACACUUCACUGAGACAGAACGGAUUGCAGGGAAAGGGAAAGAAAGACCGGAUCAGAGGAAGGCGAUGGCAACACUGCAAGACACUGAGGAUGCCAGUGAAACUGAUCUUGCCAAACAUGACGAAGAUGACUAUGUGGAAAUUAAGGAGCAAAUGUAUCAAGACAAACUGGCCUCUCUGAAAAGGCAGCUGCAGCAGUUACAAGAAGGCACACUGCAAGAGUAUCAGAAGAGGAUGAAGAAGUUGGACCAACAGUACAAAGAGAGACUUCGAAAUGCAGAUCUAUUUCUCCAGCUUGAGACAGAGCAGGUGGAGAGGAACUACAUCAAGGAGAAAAAGGCAGCAGUGAAGGAGUUCGAUGAUAAAAAGGUUGAGCUAAAGGAAAACCUAAUUGCAGAGCUGGAGGAGAAAAAGAAGAUGAUUGAGAACGAGAAAUUAACAAUGGAGCUGACAGGCGACUCCAUGGAGGUAAAGCCUAUCAUGACCCGGAAGCUGAGGAGACGGCCCAACGAUCCAGUCCCAAUACCAGACAAGCGGCGAAAACCUGCACCAGCUCAGCUAAAUUAUUUGCUAACAGAUGAGCAGAUAAUGGAAGAUUUAAGAACACUUAAUAAACUGAAAUCACCAAAGCGACCAGUGUCUCCCUCAUCUCCAGAACAUGUCCCCUCUGCUCCCAUGGAGAGCCCCACCCAGCGUUAUGAGGCCCGCAUCGAGGAUGGGAAACUUUACUAUGAUAAAAGAUGGUACCACAAGAGUCAGGCCAUCUACCUGGAGUCAAAAGACAACACAAAGAUCAGCUGUGUCAUCAGCACAGUAGGAACCAAUGAGAUUUGGGUGAGAAAAACAAGCGACAGCACAAAGAUGAGGAUCUACCUGGGGCAGCUGCAGAGGGGAGCGUUUAUCAUUCGUCGGCGGUCGGCUGCGUGAAACAUUACCACACCCAAUCCCAUCUGUGCGUUUACCCAUCCAUCCAGCCAGUGGCUCAUUCAUCCAGUUUUGGAGUCGAACAUGUGGCCUCACAUUCAUAUUUCAUUAUCUUAUAUACACUACCCCCUAAAACACAAAUAUACACAGACAAGGUCUUCUGUGGCUAUGAAUAUCUCAUCCAGUUUUUUCCCCUCAUUAACCAAAUGCUACUGCAGUGAACAUGGCCAGAUAUCCAACUGUUUUCCAGCCUUAUAUUUGUCACUAUGUGGCAUGCAUGUAAAACUGGUUUGUGGUCACAAAGAUGACUUGUUUUGAUUACAAAUCUUUCCAAAGCAAUCUUAUUUACAUUUAUCAUUAAGUUAUUAAGUAGUUCUCAAACAGCCUGAUUUGAAUAACAGAAAAACUAGCGAUGUGUGACCGAUCAAGUACUGGAGGGAAAGAAAAAAACUAUACAACUGAGUAACUGCUUCAGGUUGAACUGAAUAUAGAAAUCCCUCAACUAAAAUUACAGUUACUUUAUACAGGAAGCAAUGCCAUUUUCAAGAAUAUGCCUUUUUUUCAGUAUCAUUAUGAAGUAAAAGUUUCUUCCUAUGCUGAUUUGAUGAUUUUAUUUUUUUUUUUUCAUUUUUUUGUAAUUUGUUAUUUGAGAAAUGUUUUUUGUGACAUGACCUUCUCCAUAUGUGAAACUCCUGGAUUAGUUUACCAGUAUUUGCAUGUGGAGCAUUAUGUUGUGAUUUGUACUGUAUUCCAUUCUAUUAAAGAUGUUUUCUGCUUAA